GGGGGGCCUGGUGUAGCGGGGGGGCCUGGUGUAGCGGGGGGGCGGAGAUCACGUCUGUAGCAAACCAAGAGCAUUUGAAAUCAAAUCACUUAAUCAGAGAAGCAAAGAUGGCUGGUGUGAAUGGUGACCGGAAAGGAAAGCCGGAUGACAAGGGGAUCGGCAGCGCCAUCGACUUCAUGCUGUCUAACGCCAAGCUGGUGCUGGGCGUGGGCGGAGCAGCCAUGCUCGGCAUAGCAACACUAGCAGUCAAACGAAUGUAUGAUCGAGCCAUCAGUGCCCCCACCAGCCCCACCAAGAUGGACCAAUCAGGGAAGAGGAGCUGGGAGGAGCCAAGUUGGAUGGGCUCGUCUCCAAGGGUACUGAACCAUGACAUGAAGUCGACAGUGAGCCGGUCACUCCAGUCCCUGCCCACCUCCUCCCAAUCAUUUGAACCAGACUGCAUGCGGAGGGCUGCGGGUCGCGGAGCGGCAGGCCAGACGGACAUGCUGCGAGCGCGGAUGCGUCUGUCGCUGCAGGAGCGUCUGUGGGAGUUCCACCAGGAGCGGGUCGCCAUCCCUGCAGAGGAGCAGGGGGCCGCGCGCAGGGCAGCGCUGGACAUCUGCGCCGAGCUCAGGGUCUUCCUCCACUCCAAGCUGCCUGACAUGCCUCUCCGGGAGAUGUACCUGAGCGGGAGUCUGUAUGACGACCUGCAGGUGGUGACAGCAGACCACGCACAGCUGAUGGUGCCCCUGGUGCUGGAGAAGAACCUGUGGUCGUCUGUGCCCGGGGAGGACACCAUCAUGAACAUCCCGGGUUUCUGGCUGGUCCGCAGGGAGAAUCUGGAGUACUUCCCCCGGGGCAGCAGCUACUGGGACCGCUGCAUGGUGGGGGGCUACCUCUCCCCCAAGUCUGUCCUGGAGCUGUUCCACAAGCUGGUGGCUGGAUCCAUCAACUGGCCGGCCAUCGGGAGUGUCCUGGACUACGUGAUCCGUCCGGUGGUGCCGUCUGAGACGCUGACGCUGGAGGUGCAGUACGAGACGGACCGCCGCCUGUACGUGGACUUCCUGCCGCUGCUGGUGAUGGAGGACGGAGCCUCGCUGAUCGCCAAGCCCCACCGCAUGAUGGCUGAGCGCCACGACAACCUGUGGCGGCAGAGCUUCCGCGUGGCGGAGACGGCGCGGCUGCGGGCGCUGGACCAGGAGGACGCUGGCUGCCGCUGCGCCUGCCUCAAGGUGGCCAAGGCCGUGUGCAAGCUGAACCCCGCGCUGUCGCGCCUCACCGCCAGCCAGCUCACCAACGCCAUCCUGCUGCUGAGCGAGAAGGAGGGCGACUGGACCCAGGAGGCGCUGGCUGACCGCUUCCUGCAGCUGCUGCGCUCGUUAGUGGGCCACCUGGAGGCUGGGAGGCUGCCCUGCGCCCUGGUCCCCAGGGUGGACCUGUUCUGCGAGCUCACGCCCCAGGAGGUGGACGAGCUGGGGUACACUCUCUACUGCGCCCUCUCCGACCCAGAGGACCUGCUCAGGACUGCCGUGCCGCCAUGACGACCUGCCGCGGCAACCACGAGCGCACCUGAGGUGGUGUGUGAUGCAACGUGAACAUGUAGCCGAGCACAUCAUCACAAGCUGUCCAGAGCGAAAGCUCCGGGAUGUCCUGCGGACUGCAGGAUCUAUAGACUAGUUCUGGGGCUUUUUUCUUUUGUACUCACCUGUGUGUGACAGCAGCACCUGGUGUGGCUGUGUUCAGCCAUAUCUGAAGAUCUACAAACCGGUCUAACCUCAGACCAGUCCAGGUCAUGCCUCUUGUGGUCAACAAUACCCUCUGGUUCACACAGGCUGAUUCGCUUGGUGCUGUUUGUUUGUUUGUUAAGUUGGUGAUUGUAAAACAGGGUGACACACACAUAUAACUAAUCUGGAAUGAAAUAAAGAUGAUAUUUAAUAUUAAUUUAUGAGUGGAUGGAAAUCCACUUGAGUCUUUUUUAAGGAAUUUGGUCACGAUCAGUUACGAGUGAUUUCAAACACUGAAGUUGUGGGGGGAAUGUUUGCCUUGCCUGUGAAACAAUGUCUUUAAUCAACAGACAUGGCCCAACAAUAUAUUGUGAGCGAAACACUUCAAUUGUUUGGAUUGUUAGUCAACAACACAAACCCUAAUACUGUGGGCAGUGUUGGGACCUGGGGUCAGGUGACACCUGAGCUCAGGUGUUCCUGCUGCAUGACCCUGUCUGCCCCUCAGCACUCUGUGAAAGGAUGAACAUGACCCUGUCUCAGCACUCUGUGUGAAAGGGUGAACACAAUGUGAUGCUCUUGGGAGUCACCAGGAAAGCAAACAUUUGACCAUAAGAUUAGAGAGUAAUCUUAUGCUCAUUUAUUUGACCAUAGUUAUGUACAGUUAGUCUCUAACUCGACAUUUCUGAGUUAAAAGAAAAAGGUCACUUUGUUCAGCCCUCUUUAAUAAUUAUUUUCACCAUGUUUUACAAAAAAACACCACAGUUAGGCUAACAUUGUGUUCAGUCUCCCAGAGUGGAGUUGACUAAACGAACCACGUGUCUGCUGAAGCAACAGAAAAGUCCUUAAUCUAAAAGUUGGAUGAAAGAGUUGUUAAAAGUGGUCUGUGUAGGGCUAUAUGCUGUUUGCAUGAGUAUCCAUGUAACCUCCUGAUGUAUCUUACCCUCUCAGAACCAGACAGCUCUGUGCUGUCUGGUUCUAACGUCAGAUGUCAUGUUUAAAGGUUUAUAUAUGCAUACCUGGUUGUUAUACAACAGAAAAUUGAACAUGGCAUCUUCAUCAAAGUUCUAACAUUGUGUUUUUCAAAAAUCUCCACCCGUGUAAUUGUCUUGAUUUUAAGAUGUGCAAAAUCAAUAAGACACUGAGCUGUUUAUCAACAGAGUUGCAAAAGUUAGUCCUGGUCAGGGUGCUGAUUGGGUGGAUCCUUGAUGGCAAGGUGCAACAUUGUUGCAAAACAUUUGGGCCAUCAAGUUUAUUAAAGAACUCACUUCCUGAUCUGACAAGAGCCUGUGGGGUGGAGCGUUGUGAUUGGAUGCCAAUGAUAUUAUCUCUUCCUGUUAACAGAAGGAUAGAUCCUUUUGAGAAUAUGCUUCUGUGUCCAAUAUAUUUGAACAAGUGGUUCCACGGGUCAGUGAGGAGACACUGAUCUGCAGGAUAUUUAACAGUGUCACAUGCUUUAUUGAUCUCCCGUCAGUUUAGCAAGCUUGCUUAAGUGUGUGUGUAUACUACGCUACAGGGGAGGUGGGUUUCUGCUAGCUCAGUCUACAUUGGCGGCUCAUCUAGUAAGUAAGGAAGGUUCGCUGUCCAACCUGGGAGGACGUGAAGGUGUUAAUCUAGUGUUGUCUGGGACGCAGGCCAGCUGCUAGGAUGAUGGUUACUGAAGCAGGUUGUGUCGACGUGUCGUCCCUUCAGCUGGUCAAACCUGGACCUCUCGCUCUCAGUUAGGGUUAAUCAUUAUACAGGCCCCCCCUCAAACACGUUUAGGAUGUUACUCAAGCCGUAGGAUGAGGAAUACUGGGCCUGUUACUUCUCAAUACCACAACAAUUACGAAACAAUUCUUGUAGUCUUGGAGACUUGUUAGUAUUUUUGUAUUUAUUGUACAUUUGUAACCAAAAAAAGAGUAUUUAUGUUUGCAAAGAAUACAAAACACUGUGCUUAAGUGCUUCAUAAUGGGUGAAGCAGUCGUGGGUCUUACUAGUUUUUUUUUUUGGUGUUCAAAUUGGAGUCUUCCUUUGCUUGCAGACCUGACUAAAGAUAUAAACCUUGGUGAGGUAACUGUGCCACUCAAGUUUGUGACGUUUGUCUGUUUGGUGUAAAGAAGCCCUGUCUCCAGCUUGUGGGGUUCAUCCUAGAUAUGUGCUUGCAUGCAAUGUAUAGUUUUUUAAUUUGAGACUCAUUUUCUAUUUAAUUUGAGUUGUCUGGAACUGAAUGGUACACACAGCACUUUGUAACUCCAAUAAAUGUUACGACGUAUGUUCAGUAUGGUUGCUCUGUCUGAAUCAACUCACAAAACCAAAAUGUCUCACAAUAAGUUUAUUUUGUAAAUGAGGGACAUUGUGGGCAGUGGUUAGAUGUAGGCAUUCAGUCAAAAAAAAUGCACAACUGAAAGCUUAAAUCAACUUUGUAACAGUAUUCUUCAAAAAACAAUAGCCUCUAACAUGCCACUUCAGCAUUCUGACACCAUCCUGUGUGACAAAGCCUUGAAACAACAUGACAGAGAAACACACAUCUGCACUCUUUCCUACUGAAAUAAGCUGGUUUCACACAAAAAAUUAUUAGAAAAGCUCUCAUUUAAAACAUCUUUACUCAUCUUAAAUUACCCCCCAAAAAGCACAAAUCUAAAAACAAAGCAUU